ACCACUAAUCUUGUUCUGUAGUGGUGCUCAUUUGCUUUUUUUACGUUCUUAAAAUCAAACGGGCCCCUAAUGUUUACUUUCCCAUCGUCUGUUCUGAGGAACUCAGACACAUUACUUACGCACAGCUCUGAGAAAGGUGAAGGAAAAUCACCGACACCAACAACACACAAAACCCAGAAUUCAGAAAUCCCACCAACCCAAAAACAAAAACAAAGCCAAUAGAGCAGAGCAACACAAAGUAGAAAUCUUCAAUCCUUUUUCCUCCAAAAAUCUAGAGCGAUCAAAAGAAAACCCAAAAUCAAACCCACAAAAAAAAGUGAAGCUUUUUCCAUGGCGGAUAACCUGGAAGAAGAACAAGAAAGAACACCUUCAUCGUACACGCUAUUCCUAAGAGUCAUGAGCAAAAGGAGAACAUGGCUAUGCAUAUUUGUCCUAGUAUACGCAAUAAUCCUAACCUCCUCUUGGAAUUUUCUCAAAUCCAUACUUUCUUGGUACAAUCUGCAAUCGAAAUCAUCGUCGUCAACUUCCGGUUGGCCCGCUCUUUACGCGUCCGUGCUUCUCGGAGCGGUGUUCGGGGUCGUGUCGAUGGUGGCGGCUCUGGCGGUGGUGGUGCCGGCGACACUGGUGACGUGGAUCGCCAUUGUCGUGCUCUUGGCCUUCUUCGGGAAGCCCAGGAGGGACUUGGUCGUCGAGGGAAGGAAGAUUACGAGAGAGAUUGUUGGGUUUGUGUUGAAGAUUUUGUUGAAGGAAGGCAACGUUGUGGCUGCUGUUUGUGCCGUUUUGGGAUACUUUGCUCUUGUUAGGAAGAAUAAUAUUGAGGCUGAUAAUUCAUAACUGACUGGGUACAAUUCCUCUUCUUCUUUUUUUUUUUUUUUUUUUUGGAUUUUGAGUUUUGGA